ACACACAGGAGCUGCAGCUUUUGCACUUCUGGCUCUUCCUGGCCAUUUCUCUGGCUGCCCUCCUGGGAAAUGGCCUCAUCAUCACUGCCAUAGCCUGUGACCACCGCCUCCACACCCCCACGUACUUCUUCCUCCUCACCCUCUCCCUCCUCGACCUGGGCUGCAUCUCCACCAUUCUCCCCAAAGCCAUGGCCAAUGCCCUCAGGGACAACAGGGCCAUCUCCUACUUGGGAUGUGUUGCCCAGCUCUUUUUUUUUCUCUUUCUGAUUGCAGCAGAGUUUUGUCUUCUCACCAUCAUGGCCUAUGACCGCUAUGUGGCCAUCUGCAAACCCCUGCACUACGAGACCCUCCUGGGCAGCAGAGCUUGUGUCCACAUGGCAGCAGCUGCCUGGGGCACCCUGAAUCCAGUGAUUGCUGGUCUGUACUCAGUUCUUCCUCCAGCAGUGAAUCCCCUCAUCUACAGCAGGAGGAAUCAGGACCUCAAGGAAGCAGUGUGA